AUGAAAAUGUCACCAAAACUGUCGAAACCGUUAUCACCGGGAGAUGUGAUAACCGAAGACAUACCACUCAUUCAUGUAAUACACGACGAAUACAAAGACAAGUAUUGCGAUAAUUGUAUGAAACGAUCGGAUCAGUUGAAGAAGUGCUCGAAAUGUCUUCGUAUGUAUUACUGCAGUAAAGAGUGUCAGAAGAAUGACUGGAAGUAUCACAAGAAUGAGUGCAAACUCUAUAGACAUGAAUCCAUUCAAACCUUUUUGGACUCCGGGUUCCGGUAUUUGCUCCGACUCUACCAAUCGGUGCAAUUGAUCCCAACAUUUGCCACAGAAAAGUACCGAUUGUUUGACGGAUCGGAUGUUAGUCUCAGAGACAUCGAAGUGAAUGUCAAUGUCUUUGAUGUGAAUGAAAAGAGAGAGCAUUUGUGGGAGAUUUGCAAUCUAUUCAUACAAUUGGGUGUGAAAUACGACUUUCAAGAAGUGGUCCAUUGGUUGGCAUUCGUGGCAAAUGUUCCCGCAUUUCAGCUCAAAUCACACCUAAAGAUCGGUUGUAUUGGUCGCGGACUAUACAUGGGAUACACCACUCUUCGGCACAGCUGUCAGCCCAACAGUGCCUUCAUUUACAACAGCAGAGGACUGUCGAAGGAAUUGCGGGCAAUGAGACCAAUAGAGGCCAACGAAGAGAUCACCAUAAAUGUGGUGCCAUUGUAUCGAAACCGUGCGGACAGACAACAGGCGCUCAAAUCGUAUUCAAUGGUCUGCGAGUGCGACAAAUGUGUCCACCAUUUGGACCGUCGGGUCGAUUACGAGCGUCUGAUUCCAUCAAAACAAUUCCCAAUCAAUGUCUUCGACACACAAUUAAUGGCUAAUCUGUUGACUGAUUUGGAUGUAGUUUUUGGCGAAUACUAUCCGAUGAAGACAAUGUCACAACUCAUUCAUACCAUUAGUCCAUCGCUUCCAACACAAGACUUUGUCACACAAUUGGAUCCAAUCAUACAAUCAGUGGUAAAAAUGUCACCAAAACUGUCGAAACUGUUAUCACCGGGAGAUGUGAUCACUCAAGACAUGCCUAUCAUUCAUGCAUUAGACAGUGAAUCCAAAGGCAAAUAUUGCGACAAUUGUUUCAAACGCUCGGAUCAGUUGAAGAGAUGUACGAAAUGUCUUCACAUGUAUUAUUGCGGUAAAGAGUGUCAGAAGAAUGACUGGAAGUAUCACAAGAAUGAGUGUCCACUCUAUUUGCGUGACUUGACAUCAAUCUUAUCGACAGAUAAUUGGAUGCGAAUUUGGCUCCGACUCUACCUUUCGGUGCAAAACAUCCCAACGUUUGCCACAAAAAAGUACCGAUUGUUUGACGGAUCGGAUGUCAGUCUCAGAGACAUCGAAGUGAAUGCCAGUCGUGUGAACGACAAAAUGCUUCACUUCUUAAACAUUUGCAAUAUUUUUAAAGACAUUGACUUUGAUUACGACCGACAAGAAGUACUCCAUUGGUUGUCAUUCAUGUAUACCAUUCCUCUGAUUUCCAUCACAUCUCGUGACAAAGAAAUCCUGGAAACGCCCAAAUCUAUCGGUUGUGGUCUAUACAUGCAAUACUCACUGCUCGGCCACAGCUGUCAACCCAACAGCGCUCUCAUUGUCGGUAAAGGACUGUCGACACAAUUGCGAGCAAUGAGACCAAUAGCUGUCGGCGAAGAGAUUACCAUAAGUCUCGUAAAAUUGAAUCAAAACCGUGAGGACAGACAACAGGCGCUGAAAUUCUGGUCAAUUGACUGCGAGUGCGACAAAUGUGUCCACCAUUUGGAUCGAAACAUCGAUUACACACGACUUCUACCCUCACAUCUGUUUCCACUCAAUGUCUUCACAUUUGGCACUCAAUUAAUGGAUUAUUUACGGGAAGUGUUGACCGAAUUGGAUGUGGUGUACGGCGAAUACCAUCCGCAUAAGACUAAUCUUCUGAUGGAAAUCGGUAUCAAAUUAGCCAAUUGUCCGCUAAUUCCCGAACCCUUUAUGAAUGAAAUGAAAGCCAAAACAAUGAAAGCAAUUGAUGUGACUCUUGAGGACGACAAUCCCUUUAGGAUUCUCUACAACUUGAAUUCAAGUCAAAUGUCAUCAAAACUGUCGAAACCGUUAUCACCGGGAGAUGUGAUCACUCAAGACAUGCCUAUCAUUCAUAUCAUAAACAGUGAAUAUAAAAGCAAUUAUUGUGACAAUUGCUGUCGAAGAUCGGAUCAGUUGAAGAGAUGUACGAAAUGUCUUCAAAUGUAUUAUUGCGGUAAAGAGUGUCAGAGGAAUGACUGGAAGUAUCACAAGAAUGAGUGUCCACUCUAUAGACAUCCGAUGUCACAGAAACUUAGAUCCGAUGAUUGUCUCCAAUUCUGGCUCCGACUCUACCUUUCGGUGCAAAACAUCCCAACGUUUGCCACAGAAAAGUACCGAUUGUUUGACGGAUCGGAAGUCAGUCUCAGAGAUAUCAAAGUCCGAGACAUUGAUCUGACGGACAAAGAGAUGCGAAAUAACGUGCAAUCGGUUUACAGUGAAUUGAAUGCAUUGGAUAUGACUUAUGAUCCCAAAGAAGUACUCCAUUGGUUGUCGUGGUUUAUAACCGUAACCACGACUCACAUAAUGGCUGGUAAUCCAGAGUUAAUCUUUAAAGAGUUAAUCCUUAAAGACAUCGCCCGUGGAUUCUAUGCCCAGUACCUAACCCUCGGCCACAGCUGUCAACCCAACAGUGCCUUCAUAUUCAACACAAGAGGACAAUCUGUACAAUUGCGGGCAAUGAGACCGAUAGCCGCCGGCGAAGAGAUUACCAUAAGUCGCGUACCGUUGAGUCGCGACCGCGCGUACAGACAAUGGGAACUCAAACUGUAUUCAAUAGUGUGUGAGUGCGACAAAUGUGUCCACCAUUUGGACCGUCGGGUCGAUUAUGAAAGACUUCAAACUUCAAAAUUUUUCCCAAUCCAUACAAUCGCUGAUGGCUUUGAUUUUAUGGUUUAUUUGCGCCAAUUGUUGGCCGAUUUGGAUGUGGUUUACGGUGACUAUCAUCCCGACAAGACUUCACACAUGAUGUUAUUAAUUAGACUCUUAUCCGGCUGUCCAAUGAUUACUCAAUCAAUUCUCGAUGAAAUAAAAGCCUAUUUAUUGAAAGCAAUUGAUGUGACAUUUCUGUCCGACUGUCCCUUUAGGGCUCAAUUCAUUGAAAGUACAACUUUGGCUAAAUUGUAG